CCCGCCUCGCCAGUGCCGAGAAGCCAGUCUGGAGGCGCGCUUGGUGGCGGCGGCGGCGGCGGGGUGCUGGUUGUAGAAAGAGCCCGGCAGAGCGCGCGAGAGAGAGAGCGAGCGGGCGAGCGCGAGCAAAGAAAGAACGCGGCGGGGAUUUCCAGAGUGGGCUCGAGGGCGGGAGAGGAAGUGCCGGGCGGGCGGGGGAAAGGAAAAAAAAAAAAAGAACCAGCCGGGGCAGCGCACCAGGGACUUUCCAGCCGAGGCAAGGCAAAGACUACGUUUGGCUGAACUGCUGCAAGGACAGCAGUGGUCGGUAGUGCUGGCGUCCGCGGUUCUUUUUGCCCCCCCCUCUCCCUUCUUUUCCUCAGGCGCAGAGGAUAGCUUUAUAGCAAGUGCAGAAGAAGGAGCAGUUAAAAGAUACAACAUGAAGGUUAAAAGAGUCCACAUUUGAUGACAUCAACUUGGAGUAGCCUGAGUGUUCACUUUUCUUUGACGUUUUCCUCUAAUCAAAUUUAGAUGUUCUUAUCCUUUUCAUCUUUCAUACAGUAUUUAUUAAUUCCAACAUGGAUGGAAGCAAGAAAGCAGACCCUCCAGUUUUAGUGGAAACAAAACAGCAGAAGGCAAAUCCUGAUCGCCACCCUAUGCCAUCCAUUUAUGUACCAGAACAAGGUGGUUACAAAGAAAAAUUUGUGAAUGCAGUGGAAGACAAAUACAAAUGUGAAAAAUGUCAUCUCAUUUUGUGCAAUCCAAGACAGACAGAAUGUGGGCAUCGCUAUUGUGAGACCUGCAUGAGUUCUCUGUUCAGUUCUACAAGUCCAAAAUGUACAGCAUGUCAAGAAACAAUAGUGAAGGAUAAGAUAUUUAAAGAUAAUUGCUGCCGAAGGGAGCUUCUAGCCCUUCAGAUAUUCUGUAGAAAUGAAAAUAAAGGUUGUCGAGAUCAAUUGACCUUGGGACAGUUGCUGACACAUCUAAGAAAUGACUGUCUCUUUGAAGAACUCCCAUGUCCUCGUACUGAUUGUAAAGAAAAAAUACUGAGAAAAGAUUUACCAGAUCAUAUAGAAAAAAACUGUAACUAUCGGGAAACAACAUGUAAAUACUGUAAAAGCCAAGUACCAAUCAUUAUGAUACAAAAACAUGAAGAUGCAGACUGUCCUUCUGUAAUGGUUACAUGUCCUCAUCAGUGCAGUGUUUCAGCACUCCUCAGAAGAGAGUUGAAUGCACAUUUGUCAGAAUGUAUUAAUGCCCCAAGUACCUGUAGUUUUAAGCGUUAUGGCUGCACUUUUCAGGGAACAAACCAGCAAGUUAAAGCACAUGAAGCCACCUCAGCAGUGCAGCAUGUAGACUUAUUGAAAGAAUGGAGUAAUUGUCUAGAAAACAAGGUGGCCAUGCUCCAAAAUGAAAGCUUGGAAAAGAACAAGAGCAUACAAACUUUACAUAAUCAAAUCUGUAGCUUUGAAAUAGAAAUUGAGAGACAGAAGGAAAUGCUGCGAAGUAAUGAAACUAAAAUACAUCACUUACAGCGGGUAAUAGAUAGUCAAGCCGAGAAGCUGAAAGAACUAGACAAGGAGAUUCGACCUUUCCGACAGAACUGGGAAGAAGCAGACAGCAUGAAGAGUAGUGUUGAGUCCCUUCAGAACAGGGUGACUGAACUGGAAAGCAUUGAUAAAAAUGCUGGGCAAGGAGCUAGAAACACAGGUCUUCUAGAAUCACAGUUAUCUAGGCAUGAUCAAAUGCUAAGUGUUCAUGACAUCCGUCUGGCUGACAUGGAUCUCCGAUUUCAAGUCCUGGAAACAGCAAGUUACAAUGGAGUAUUAAUCUGGAAAAUUCGAGAUUACAAACGUCGAAAGCAAGAGGCGGUUAUGGGGAAGACUUUGUCCUUGUAUAGCCAACCAUUUUAUACAGGAUACUUUGGCUAUAAGAUGUGUGCCAGGGUUUACCUCAAUGGAGAUGGGAUGGGCAAAGGGACGCACUUGUCUUUGUUCUUUGUUAUAAUGCGGGGAGAAUAUGAUGCAUUGCUUCCUUGGCCAUUCAAGCAAAAGGUCACCCUUAUGUUGAUGGAUCAAGGACCUUCUCGGCGCCACUUAGGAGAUGCAUUCAAGCCAGACCCCAACAGCAGUAGUUUCAAGAAACCCACUGGGGAAAUGAAUAUUGCAUCUGGUUGUCCAGUCUUUGUUGCACAAACUGUUCUAGAAAAUGGAACAUAUAUUAAAGAUGAUACUAUUUUUAUUAAAGUCAUAGUGGACACUUCGGAUCUACCAGACCCCUGACAUAUAGCAGAAAGGCAGAUUCAACAGAAGACAACUCCAUUUGGGGCUUUUUUUUAUAUCUGUCUUCAAUGAGAGGUCCUUAAAGCUCAGAGAGGACCACUUUAUGUUAACAGAGGAAGAGUUUGGAGGUAUAACUUGCAUAGGGUCCAAUGGCAAACAUAGCAACCCAUUAAAAAACCAUAACUGUGGUGUAUUUUCUAAACUAAUAGGAACACUUCAAGUUCUGACAAGUUACUUAAUCCUCAUGAAGACAAAGAUCACUGUCAGAAAAGCUUUUUGUAAUUUAUUGACAAUAUUUUGGGAGAGGAAAAAAAAAGUAUCUUAUGCUGAAUACGACAUCAGACUUUACUUUCAUUUUAACUAGAAAAUAAAAGUUCACAUGUGGGUUAGCUAGAAACUGUCAGCAUGUUAAGUAAAAAAAAAGAAAUUAUGAAGUAUUGUUGCAGUUAAAGAUAUUAUUACUUUGAACAUCUAAGUGCAAUGUUGUCUGAAAUACAGUAUAUUGUCUAUUUUUAAGGCCUCAUCUGGUCUCUGUUUUAAAAAUUACUUUGUCAGAAGACCUUGACAAAAAUGUCUAGAUCUUCUUGAAAGUGUCUAAAUCAGAGUCAUAUUUUUGUUUAGAGUUCUAUUAAUUGCUACAGAAAACAUUUUAUUUUAAAACUGUUGAUAGACUGAUAUUUCUUGGAAGAAAAAAAAAAGAUCAAAUGCAGGUUAUCACUUGUGAUAUGAAAAGAAACUAUUCAAUACUGCUGUUAUUUCUCUUUAGAAAUGUAAACCUACAAUAUAUGUCGUAGUUAAUGACACUAUUUCAAAAUUAAGGAAAAAAAUCACUCAUGGAUGCUGUGCAUCAUUAUCAGAUUUAUAAUUUUCACCCUAAAAUAGGGCAUUUGUUGAACUUUGGAGUUCUAAAUGGAAUCCUGUAUGUUUUUAAAGUUCUGCCUCAUGCGCUCAGACCAAGCUCUAUAAAAUAGAUGUGUGUAUAUAAACAUAUUAUAUUAUAUUUUUUGCUAAAGCAUAAAUGUGCAACAUAUUUUUUGGGUUUGAGAGGAGGCAUAGUGCUGAGUAAUACCUAUAUGGGAAACUGCUAAUUAAUCCUUUAGGUGGAAAUUUUUUCUAUCUUACAGAGGAUAUCCGUUAGGAGAAAGCAGUGUCUUAAUGGAGAUACGGUGGUGUGCAUGCAUUCAUGUGCCUUAGCUGUGACGUGCUGCUUUAUAGCUCAUAGUUUUGUAUUCAGACUUUAAUUUCAGAUUGUUAGAAUACUUGUUUUAACUGGACUUUAGGCAUAAUGUGCUGACUGAUCUGUAAAACCCACCAAUAUUUUGCAGCAUACAGAAAUGGAAACCCAGAUUUGUGUCUGUUUCCAUCAAUGAAAUACUACUUAUUCAGGUGCUAUAUUUUUUGUUCACGGUGCUCCUAUGGAGCUAGGACUUCUGACAGUGCCCCUUUCCUUCAGUUUCCAAAUCAGUAGUGAAACUGCUGCACGAUAAAAUGCCUCAGAGUAGCAGAGCUAAUCAUUUCAAUUUGGCUCAAUUCAGAAUUGUAAAAGAAUAGAUUUGCUAGCCAAUUCACAAUGAUGGUUUUCUGGCAAACUGACACCUAUCCCUGCAGGGAAACCCACAGGAGCCUCCUACUUAAACAACUACCUGAGCUUUACUAGAAAGCAUUCUCCAGCCUUUAAAUCAUGCAGAUUGCAACCCACAGAAUUUACUUACUUCUGUUUUAAUAGUCCUUUGUGAGACUAGUAAGUCUAAUGGCAUAGCUUGAGCGUACACCAACCAUGUGGGUGCUGCUUAAUUGCAUGGGUGCUGUGUAAUCUGAAUGCUCCCCUAGAACGAACUGAUGUGGAUCUGGAAAAAGAAAUUGUGUGGCCUGUUGUCUAGCCAGUGAUGUUACAUCCAUUGAGCUUUCCUCUUACGUUGGGCAUUAUAGACAGAGUUCAUGUCUAGGACUCAGUUGAAUUGUCAUGUUUCAUUGUUGUUUUUCUUGCCCUUGCCAUUGGUCUUUAUGGCUGUGCCUUCCUACCCAGUGCCUGCAAGAGGUAUUUUUCUGUUAAUAAAUAUACAGUGCAUGCUGAAUGGUUUUCAUGGGUUUUCAAGCCACCUGCUUAAAUAGGGCCUGCUAUUUGGCAGCCAGAGCAUUUUGUAGCAAUAUGUCUUCCUAUUCUUGCCUUCCAUUAUUCAGGUGCUGUAUUCUGUCUUUCUUAUGGUUCUUAGGUGUCAACUGGUACAAAUCAAUGUAAGAAGGCAAGCGUUACCAUUCUAGUUCUGAUACAAAAGGAAGACUUCCUACUCAAGAUCUAUAUGCCACAAUUUUACGCAGGCUGAUGUAAACCCAUCACCUUUUCUUAGGGGAAAGAAUUAACCUGGCUUCUCAUACUAUUCUAAUAGUCAUGAAUAUAGGUAGCUGAGCUUUUGUAUAUGCAUUACAGAAUUUUACUGAAAACAGGAUUCCCUAGUGAAGAUGUCCAAAGGGCUCAGUACCCAUAGCUUCUGCAUCAUGCAGUUAAUGUCCAAUUGAAAUAUGUUAGUUGUGUUCUAUAAUCUAGACCAGUGGUCCCCAACCCCCGGUCCGUGGACCGGUGCCGGGCCGUGGAGUACCUGG